AUGCCCCCACCACGUCCCCCCGUGUUAUCCACCACGCACGAACACGAUCUUAUUGUCGAUGCUUCUAUUUUGAGCAUCAUAAAGCCACCGCUGCCAAGCCGACGUCCGAGAACUGCUCAGUCACCUAGCAAUGCCGAGGUCUUGGUACCGCCACUCAUCGCUGGCGCUCUCGUUGCUGCUUUUGCCACUGCCCUUGCCGAUGGGUUGAACAACGAACUCCUCACCCAUUAUUAUCUCCCUGAGCAAAAGUUUCGCGUCAACAUUGAUAGGAUAUUGGAUCGAUUGUUGUCUGAGUUCACGUUGAUGUUAUGGGAUGAACUGUGGGCUUUCUAUUGUGACUCGAAUCCAGACUCGACUGAGCAAAUCAAGAAAUUGUUCGAUGGACCUGUUUGUCAACUUAUAUUGAUCCUCAAUGGGCCAGAAGCACCGCGAUGCCUACUCGAUAAACUCGGUCCCGGUAUAUCACGACGUCCUGCGACAUGGUCCGAGGCAGCACGGGGCAUUGAACUGCCAGUUGCUCUCCAACUCUUAUGCAGUUACUGGGACAGAGAAUACCCAGCCCGUUCACCCAGGGGCACACCGAAUGAAAUUGCUGCUUCUCUCCAUACCUAUAUCACUACAGGAAGGUCUGCGAGACAUCUUAUCUCAAGGAUACGCGAGGUCUUGAUCUCACCCCACUAUGUGCAAAUGCAUCUCAUGGAAUCAGCUCUCUGGCACAUCCUUAUGAAACCCCCUUAUCGACCCCCUAGCGAUGGAUUCCACGCCAUCCAGUUCAAAUUUGAGUGUCAACUCUUUGGACCCCUUCAAGGCAUCGGAGAUCCUCAACUCGUCAAAAUGGGCUCCUUGCCGGCUAUUACUGGCACCGCAAAUGACUGCGUUUACACCACGAUAUCUGAGUAUACAGUGAAGCAGUGGCCCAAGUGCGGCGAACUCCUCCUGGGAUGUAUCGAAGACGCCGUCAAAGAAGCUUCGGCGUCGAGCUGCGAGGGCCACUCAUUCACCGGCAUGUCGAUUUGGGAUGGUACCGAAAACCCGUUCUUAUGUCCUGGACUACGCCUGCUGCACGUCGAGGUCGAAGAUGGCUCAAUACGCUUGACAGUAUCGGCAUGGACCCACACCAUGAUAGAAAUCUUACAACAGAUGGCGUGGACUUGCGCAGCACUCAGCUCCUCGCCAUUUCAGGGUUCCCUCUCUGAGAGCGCCAUUGAAGUGUCGGAUUGGCAGUACAUGGACGAUUCAAUCUUUGUUGAGUGUAAUCUUUCGCAUCGACCUGUGCCGGAAGGAGAUGGCUCAGCGUGGCUGAAGCAGCUGGGAGGGGCUGCUAUUGCAAACGGAUUCCCGAUAAACCAUGUAAGAGAAGAUUCUCAGAUGACAUAG